GUGUCUCUUGCAGAGCUCUACUUCCUCAUCGCUCGGUUCCUGACCACCGGGCCCUGCCGGAGGGCGCUGACGGUGCUGGUGCAGGAGCUGGAGCAGCACCAGUUGCUUCCUAAAAGGUUGGAUUGGCAAGGAAAUGAGCAUUAUAGAAGUUACGAAGAAUUGGUGCUGUCCAACAAACAUGUGGCUCCAGACCAUUUGUUACAAAUUUGCAAGCGCAUUGGCCCUAUCCUGGAUAAGGAGAUACCACCCAGCAUUUCGAGAGUGAAUUCCUUACUUGGUGCAGGGAGACAGUCAUUGUUACGUACAGCAAAAGAUUGCAGGAACACUGUUUGGAAGGGCUCUGCGUUUGCUGCUCUUCAUAGAGGAAGACCUCCUGAAAUUCCUGUGAACUAUGGCACACCACCAAAUCUUGUGGAAGUACAUCGAGCAAAACAAUUAACAGGGUAUGCAAAGUUCAGUACUUCAUUUCCAGGAAGUAUGUAUCAGCAUAUCAAGAUGCACAGACGGAUUCUUGGCCAUCUUUCUUCCGUAUAUUGUGUUGCGUUCGAUAGGACUGGACACAGAAUUUUUACUGGCUCAGAUGACUGUUUGGUAAAGAUUUGGUCAACUCAUAAUGGCAGGUUAUUUGCCACGUUACGAGGACAUUCAGCAGAGAUUUCCGAUAUGGCUGUCAAUUAUGAAAACACUAUGAUUGCAGCUGGCAGCUGUGAUAAAAUGAUCAGAGUGUGGUGUCUGAGAACUUGUGCACCAGUUGCAGUCCUCCAUGGACACACAGGGUCCAUUACCUCGUUACAGUUUAGUCCAAUGGUGAAAGGCUCCAUGCGAUACAUGGUCUCUACUGGUGCAGAUGGAACUGUUUGCUUUUGGCAAUGGGAUACAGAUUCCAUGAAAUUCAACAAUCGGCCAGUGAAAUUCACAGAGAAGCCUAGACCAGGGGUUCAGAUGCUUUGUUCUUCAUUCAGUGUAGGUGGUAUGUUUUUAGCAACUGGCAGCACUGACCAUGUCAUCAGGAUGUAUUUUUUUGGCUCUGAAACACCAGAGAAAAUAGCUGAGUUGGAAAGUCAUGCUGACAAAGUUGACAGCAUUCAGUUUUCUAACAAUGGUGAUAGGUUCAUAAGUGGCAGUAGAGAUGGAACAGCUCGAAUCUGGCGUUUUGAGCAAGCAGAAUGGAGGAGUAUUUUGUUGGAUAUGUCCGAUAAAUUACCAGGUGACACAUGUUCAGAAGAAGACAAAUUUAUGAAGCCUAAAGUAACCAUGAUAGCUUGGAACCAAAAUGAUAACUAUGUUGUUACGGCUGUGAAUAAUCAUCUGCUCAAAGUUUGGAAUUCCAGUACAGGACAAUUGCUUCAUGACUUGGUGGGGCAUGCAGAUGAAGUAUUUGUCUUGGAGACCCAUCCUUUUGAUUCCAGGAUAAUGCUGUCUGCGGGUCAUGACGGCAACAUCUUUAUAUGGGACAUUACCAAAGGCACAAAAACAAAGCAUUAUUUUAACAUGAUUGAAGGCCAAGGACACGGUGCUGUUUUUGACUGUAAAUUUUCACCAGACGGGCAGCAUUUUGCAUGUACAGAUUCUCAUGGGCAUCUAUUGAUAUUUGGUUUUGGCUGUAGCAGGUCUUAUGAAAAGAUUCCUGAUCAGAUGUUCUUCCACACUGACUAUCGGCCACUUAUUCGAGAUUCUAACAAUUAUGUCCUAGAUGAGCAGACUCAACAGGCUCCUCAUCUCAUGCCCCCUCCCUUCUUAGUAGAUGUGGAUGGAAACCCUCAUCCAACAAAAUAUCAAAGAUUGGUGCCAGGAAGGGAGAAUUGUGCAGAUGAACAUUUGAUUCCUCAACUUGGAUAUGUAGCAACAAGUGAUGGAGAAGUGGUUGAACAAGUUAUAGGCCAACAGACAGUUGAUCAGGAUGAGCAAGGCUUGGAGCCCAGCAUUCUUGAUGGCAUGAUUAGACAACUACAACUACAGCAAGAUCAAAGAACUGGAGCUGAUCAAGAAUCUGCUUCAAGUGGUCCACAAAAUGGGGAAGGAACACCUAGAAGAGCUUUUAGAAGACCAAGUUUCGAUAUCCAGUCUCCUCCCAAUAUUGGUCUGCGGCGUAGUGGACAAGUUGAAGGUGUGCGUCAGAUGCAUCAGAACGCUCCACGCAGUCAGAUGGCUACUGAGCGAGACCUUCAGGCUUGGAGACGAAGAGUCGUUGUACCAGAAGUACCACCAAGCUUACUCAGGAAGCAGGAAGAAUAUCGAAUUGCAAAAGGGGAAGAAGAGAGAGAUUUUUAUGCAACAGAGAAGAAAAAGUCAUUCGAGUCACUGGAAAAGAGUGACUCUGAGUGUUCAUUAAUACAAUCUAAGCGUAAACUGCAUAGACGGAAAUAUCCCAGUUACCGAACACGGAAUAAUAUUGAACAACUGGAGUCUUCUGAUGAGGAAAGAGAUAACUGCUUUGGCUUGAUAGAGCAGGAAGCCGAAGAAAGUGAGGGCUCUGGCUCAUCUGAUGAAGAGGAAGAGUGGAGAAGUGACAAGAAAAGCAACAGUAAUAGUUCUAGUGAUUCUUCAAGUAGAUACUCUGACUGGAUCGCUGAUGCAGGGAUUAACCUACAACCUCCUGUACGGACUUCUCGACGGAAAGCUAUUAGAUAUUGCAGUACUUCAGAAGAUGAAGUUUCAGCAGAGAAAUCAUCUCCUCCAAAGAGAAGAAGAAGAAAAAGAAGAAAAAAGCCCAAACCAAAAAAGCAGGAGGAGGCUAAUGCUGCAGCACAACCAGUAAACUUGGAAUUGUCGUAUGAUUGGCAUCCUCCUGUUUGGAUAACAGACACAGCUCUUCGAAGAUCCCCUUUUGUUCCUCAGAUGGGCGAUGAGGUAAUAUAUUUCCGACAAGGACAUGAAGCUUACAUUGAAGCAGUUAGAAGAAAUAAUAUUUAUGAACUGAAUCCACACAAGGAGCCCUGGAGAAAAGUAGUCCUUAGGGAUCAGGAAUUGGUAAAAAUUGUUGGAAUUAGAUAUGAAGUUGGUCCUCCCACGUUGUGUUGCCUCAAGCUUGCCUUUAUAGAUCAUGCCACUGGAAAACAUACAGACAAAUCAUUUUCCAUCAGAUACCAUGAUAUGCCAGACGUUAUCGACUUCCUUAUAUUGCGUCAGUUCUAUGAUGAAGCACGGCAAAGGAACUGGCAAGCUUCUGAUAGGUUCCGAUCCAUUAUCGAUGAUGCAUGGUGGUUUGGAACAGUGUUGGGUCAAGAACCGUAUCAGCCUCAAUAUCCAGAUAGUCACUUUCAGUGUUACAGUGUUAA